AUUCUCGUCUGCUGGAGCUCCCGUCAAAAGAUUCGAGGUGGUUUGAUGAAAGAACGUCACCUUUCUCAACGCGGUAUUGAUAUCGUCCCAUGCAGAAUAGUUUUCCGAAAAUAUAGAAGGAAUUUUUAUCGUUUGCUGGAUUAUCGUCUGAUGCUGUAGAGAAAGCCCCAUUUUUCCCGCUCGCCAUGACCAUCACCUACCAGAAGCAUGUCUCCAACACCAGCUUCAUGGGAUUCGCCAAGUUGCUGUUCAAGUGGCGAGGCAGCAUCUACAAGCUGGUCUUCAAAGAGCUUUUGCUCUACGGGGGUGCCUAUGCCGUCAUCAGCUGCUUCUACAGGUUCUACAUGACCGACGAGCAAAAAAGAGUGUUCGAGAAGGUGGCCCUCUACUGCAACCAGACGGCGGGUCUGAUGCCCAUGUCUUUCGUCCUCGGCUUCUACGUCACAUUUGUCGUCACGAGGUGGUGGAAUCAGUUUCUCAACCUCCCUUGGCCCGACAGGGUGACGCACACCUUGACCAUGUAUGUCAAUGGAGCGGACGAGCGAGGACGAGUGUUGAGACGAACCUUGGCUCGCUACGUGAACUUGGCGACCAUCAUUCUGUUUCAGACGAUCAGCGGAUCAGCUAAGAAGAGGUUUCCGACCAUGAUGCAUCUCAUCGAAGCAGGUCUAAUUACUCAAGAAGAGAAACAGAUGUUUGACAACAUCAAUAUUUCCGUUAAUAAGCACUGGAUUCCGUACAUCUGGUUCAUCAAUCUCGUCAACUUGGCGGUGAAGGAAGGACGGAUUCAGCAGGGCGAACCUGUCAAGCAAAUCCUUGAAGAAGUGAACAACAUGAGAACGAAAACUGGUCAUUUGUGGGGACAUGAUUGGGUAACUGUUCCUCUGGUUUACACUCAGGUGGUCACCCUUCUUACACAUUUGUACUUUUGCACUUGCUUGGUCGGAAGGCAAUUUUUAGAUCCAGAACAGGGUUACAAGGGGCAUGACAUCGACCUCUUUUUUCCCGUGUACACAUUUCUACAGUUUUUCUUCUUUUUGGGAUGGCUGAAGGUGGCAGAACAGUUGAUCAACCCCUUCGGUGAAGACGACGACGAUUUCGAAAUUAACUGGUUCAUAGACAGAAAUAUCCAGGUGAGUUACCUUAUCGUAGACGACAUGUACGGAAAACUGGCGAAGAUAGAGAAAGACCAACAUUUCGGCAGAGGGUCUGUAGAGCUGCCCUACACCGAAGCAGCUCUUUCCUACAAGGCUCACAACUACAAGGGCUCCACUAUGGAUAUGGUCGUUUCUCCAAAGGAACAAGCCAUCAUAUUCACUACACCGGACCGAGAGUGUUCCCGUCAACCUCCGACACAUUUUCAGAACUUCGUCAGACGGUACUGCUGUUGCUGUGCGCCUCCCCUCAACAAACCACUUGGCGAGAGUUAUGGCGUUCGAGAACCUUUCAACUUCGAGCAAUAUGACGCCAAGCGGAAAGCCUCCAACUACUCAAUCUUUGGUGAAACAUAUUUUAAUAUAAUAAAUAGGGGCAAAAGGGAAAGCCAGUGUUCUGAGCUGAGCCUGCAGCAUGCAAGUGAAACAACGGCAUUGACGACGCCAAACAACGCUUCUAUCCGCAGACACAGACCUUCCAUAGCUAUCACGCCAGCACUCACCAGUGUCACAGAAACCGAUCAAGAGUUGAGCGAUGCAGGGGUGGAUACCAGCCCCUCAAAUCACGUAAAACUAGCUUUAGCAUUCCUGGACGAAGAUCUGGACGAAAUCGUGGAGGAAUAA